GGCAGCACACAGUUCGCCGCUCCGGCGCCGCAGCGCCUCGCCACACCGCCGUUUGCCAGCCGCAGCGCUCCGCACGCCCUUCGGAUGGGUGGCGCAAAGGAUGGCCCAUUCACGCCUCUGGUCAAGCUCACCAAGCGCGUCAUGGGUGAGCAGCGCUUUCUCAAGUUUCGCGCCAACGUCAUCAGCGAGCACACAAAGGUGAUCCAGGCGUUCGUGGAGACCUCCGACAGCCCGUUCGGAUGCAUCGCCCUGAAGAAGAUGUUUGAGCUUGCAGACAUGGACGGUUCGGGGGCUAUCGACGGCGAGGAGCUGAAGGCCGCGCUGAGGAGACUUGGCUUCUCGCACCUCAGCGACGACCAAAUCGACAAGAUCCUUGCUCGUGCCGACGCAGACGACAACUGCACGAUUGAUUAUGACGAGUUUGUUAAGGAGGCGCCGAAAACCCUAAAGGUGAACCUGGUCAAGCUAGCAAAGGCCAACGGCGCCGAGCUCGGCUUUCUCAGUUAGGCCGUCGUUGCGGCCAUGCGUGAGUGUAGCGGGUUGAGCGGCUCGUCGGAACGGUGCAGCCCUUGUCUGGCGUUGGCGGGGACGCGUGCCAUUCGGCUCGUCCACCCUCUCGCCGCUCGGGCUCCCGUCCGCGAGGCUCCUCCCAGCAAUCCUGGUCUCGCCUUUAGAGGGAUUCGCGAGGCUGCAAGCCUGUGUCUGGUCUCAAUGCGCCGUGGUGUGUGCAGCAGGGUCCAGGCGACCAGGGGAGCGUCCACAUAGGACAUAGCU